AUUCAGAAUUCACCACCACCACCUCUAGUCAGCAUCCGGAUUAUAGCCAUGGUUGGAUCAAUGGCGAGAUAUUUUAUAUGCGCCUUUGGUAACCUAAUUUAGGCUACUGCAAAUCACAAUAAAGGUUAACAUCUCUGUCACCUGCAAUCAGACGGACAAACAUAAUAUGCAGUCAGUUAAAAAUGUCUUCCAUGGCAUCAGAAGAAGACGUGAUUCUUGAACGAAAGGGUAGCAAAGGCAUCAUCACCUUAAACAGACCAAAGGCACUUAAUGCCCUCAAUCUGUCUAUGAUUCGCAAGAUAUACCCUAAAUUAAAGGAAUGGGAAGAAGAUCCAAAAUCAACAAUGGUGAUCAUCAAAGGAGCAGGAGAUAAAGCAUUCUGUGCUGGAGGUGAUAUUAAAGCUGUCACUGAUUUAGGUAGUAAAGGAGAUCCAAACGCGGGCACUUUUUUCAAAGAAGAAUACAUGCUGAAUAAUGCAAUUGGCACGUAUAAUAUACCCUACAUAGCUCUUAUUGAUGGCAUCACAAUGGGUGGGGGUGUAGGUCUUUCAGUACAUGGUUCAUACCGAGUCGCAACUGAGCGCACACUAUUUGCUAUGCCCGAGACAGGUAUUGGUCUUUUUCCAGAUGUUGGCGGUGGAUACUUCAUGCCCAGGCUGGGCGGAAGACUAGGUAUUUUCCUCUCGUUGACUGGAAUACGGUUGAAAGCUCAUGAUGUGUAUAAAUCUGGUGUUGCAACACAUUUUGUGGAGUCAGAAAAGUUACCACAACUAGAAGAAGAGUUACUUGCCCUCUCCAAUCCAGUUGAGAAGGAUAUAGCAUCAGUAUUAGAGAGAUAUCAUAAACAGUGUCAAAUAGGGAGAGGUCAAGAAUUCAGUUUAAAACCUGACCUAGAGAAGAUUGACAUGUUGUUUGCAGGUAACACAAUAGAACAAAUAUUCCAUGACCUGGAGCAUGAUGGAUCAGAAUGGGCCAAUAAACAACUACAGAUAUUGAAACAGAAAUCGCCAACAUCAAUGAAAGUGACGCUACGUCAACUUAUAGAGGGCAGCGAUCUCAGUCUACAAGAUUGUUUAAUGAUGGAGUACAGGAUUGCUGAGGGUUGCUUACGUGGUCAUGAUUUCUACGAGGGCGUCCGUGCUUUACUGGUAGAUAAAGAUAAUCAACCACACUGGAAUCCAAAAUCUAUUGAAGAAGUAACAGAUGAAAUUGUGGAGUCGCACUUCCGUCCAUUGGAGGACGACUUGAUACUACCCAAGCCCAAGAACAAAAAAGAAGACAAAUUAUAAUGAAGUUUAAAAUGCACAAACAAAAACAGCUGAAUUUAAAAAGAAAAAUUGUUAUGUACAAUGAAUGAUAUGAUCAGAACCGCUUCUAUGGCACUUUAAAGAAGUCACAUUUUAUAGAAUAAAAAUAAAAACAUUUGACAGCAAA